AUGUUUUCUUCAUAUUAUCAAGUGAUUAUUCUCACAGCCGUGGGAGUGGCUUCUGUGUAUAUCUACCAAGCUGUGGCAUAUCGGCGUCGCAUGAAAGGAGCAAAAGAGCCACCAGGACCCAAAGGAUGGCCCAUCGUAGGAAAUGCCCCAGAGCUUGCCUCCUCUGACGGCAAUCUCAUCCCGAUUUUCAACAAAUGGUCGAAUGAAUAUGGUGAUAUUGUGCAGUUCAGUAUCCUCGGUGAGAAGCAGGUGAUCUUGGCAAAAGAGAGCAUCACACGAGACUUAUUCGUCAUGCGUGGCUCGAAAUACUCGGGGAGAGGAACGCCGCAUGCGAUUUCCCACAUGUUUAAUUACAUGAACCCGACGCUGGAGAUCAAUGACGAAAGAUGGAAGCGGCAAAGAAAGCUCAUCCACCAGGCCGUCUCUAUCACAGCAACCGAUAAAUAUCUUAGCGCCAUGGAAGAGGAAGCCGAAGUAACCCUAUGUGAUCUAAUCCACGACCCCGAAAGCUUUGACAAGCACCUUGCUCGAUACUCCUUCGGUGUUUUGACUCGCUCCAUGCUCGGCUUUCGCAUCAAGACAGGCGAUGACCCUUAUAUCGCCCAUGUACUAGACCAGAUCGGUGAGUUUCUAAAGGGCUUCCGGCCGGACGAAUACCCCAGCAAUGUCUUCCCGUUCCUCCGCGUCUUUCCAACGUGGCUGGUCCCGUCGCUAGGCAAGAUGGAGAAGAUGCGAUUAGAUAUGUAUGCUGAGAUCUGCGCGCUGCGAGAAAGGGUGCAGAAGUCAGUCCAGGAUGGCACUGCUAGCACCAGUACCUAUCGGCACUUUGUUGAACAUCGCGAUGAACAUGAAAUUACUGAUGAUGAGGCUGGGUAUGCUUUUGAGACUAUGAUUGCUGCCGGGGUGGCUUCUCCGCAUAAUCUCCUGUUGACGUUCUUGUUUCUCAUGAUGGAGUAUCCCGAGUGGCAGAAGAAGCUACAAAAGCAGGUCGACCAAGUCGUUGGGAAGGAUCGACAGCCUUGCUUUGAUGAUAUUCCAAGCCUUCCAGUUGUGAGGGCAGUUGUCAAAGAAAGCCUCCGGUAUCGUACCAUCAAAGCUGAGCUGGGUAUUCCGCAUCGUCUAGAAGUGGAUGAUAUCUAUCAAGGAUACUUCUUCCCGAAGAACACUGUCUUCCACGGCAACUUGACGGCCAUCCUCAUGGACAAGCAGCUGUACCCGGACCAGCAACUAUUCAACCCCGCCCGCUGGCUCGACGAAGACUACCCAACAUACAAAGCGCCACUCACUGAACACCCGAACCUGAAGAAUUAUGCUGCUUUUGGCUUUGGCCGCCGCGCAUGUCCUGGUUAUGACUUUUCGGAGCGGACUUUGGUUAUUCUCGUGGCAAAGAUCGCCUGGGCUUGCGAGAUCAGCAAACCGAUUGAUCCUGCCACCAAUAAGCCGGUUGAAAUUACUCUAAGACAUGAGCCGACACCAAAUCCUAAGCCGUUGGCAUUUCUCUGUGAUAUCAGGCCGAGGAGCGGUGAUAAGGUGAAAAUUAUUGGCUGA